AUGGAGAUUGAGAAGCAUGAAAGUGUUAGAUGGCCGAAGCCUAUAAGAACCGACCCGGAGAAACGGAACAAAGAUUUAUAUUGUCAAUUCCAUAAAGACACCGGACAUAAGACCGAUGAUUGCCGGCAGUUUAAGGAUGAAAUUGAGUUCUUGAUCCGAAGAGGCACGUUGACCAAAUUUAUCAAAUAUGGAGACAGGAAUCAUCGGGACAAUGACAAUCGUGGAAGAGACAACGAUGACAAAAGAACCCAGACUCGAGGGCCUGUGAUUAAUGUAAUCUCCGGAGGACCUACAGCUGCCGGUACUUCCAGUAAUUCGAGGAAGGCUUAUGCAAGAGAAGUAAUGAGUAUAGUUGGAGAACCCCCGAAGCGGGCAAAAAUUGAUUAUGCUAUGGCAUUCGAUAACGUUGACCUUGAGAAGGUGAAGUUCCCCCAUGAUGAUCCUUUAGUAAUUACAUCAACGAUUAAAAACUCGUCUGUAAAAAGAGUACUCGUUGACAGUGGAGCCUCGGUGAAUAUAUUGUUCUAUGAUGCAUAUGAGAAAAUGGGGUAUGCUAAUUCUCAAAUAACACCCUCAGAUAUGCCUAUAUAUGGUUUCAAUAACGCGGAAACAAAGAUUGAAGGCAUGAUCCAACUCCCGGUGACCAUGGGCACCGAGCCUAGACAGGCCACAUGCAUGUUGAACUACCUGGUAUUUAAAGCCUCAUCAACCUAUAAUGCCAUCUUUGGGAGGACUAGGAUACAUGCUUUUAAAGCAAUCCCAUCCACUUACCACUUGAAGAUCAAGUUCCCAACUAGGAAUGGAGUGGGGGAAGAAGUAGGAGAUCAAAAGAUGGCCCGAAGCUGUUAUGUCGGAGCGUUGAAAUCCGGAGGAGCUGGGGGGGCAAGUGUUACCCAUAGAAGACCUUGA